GUAUGAAGCCAGCCAUAUCAUUGGCCCCGGUAUAAAUAGCCCGCGAUAUCGAGGCAACGAUCUAACAAAGCCCUAGUCCGUCAGCAAGCAAGUCACACACUAACGCUCGGCACCUUCCAUAGCCAGACGCUACCGUCUCUUUACCAGCAUGUCCUACUACGAUUACCCCGCCGUUGUGCGCACACGAAGCGCCACUCCCAUGACGGCCGAGAUGUCCAAGCUCCUUCCUUACGUCACUGACAAGACGAUGUCCCGCCAUCUUGGGGCGACAGGACGUUCCAUGGAUAUGGGCCACGCCAAGUCUUACUUCAACCCCGCCACCCGCAGCAUGUACUCCCGUUACUCCCACAACGACUGGUCCCUCUCCAACAACAUCAACUUCAACCUGUCUGAGAAGGAGAGGUCGUUCGCCGAGCGGCUGCGGGCUGACGCUUGGAGGGCCGUCAAGGAGACUGACGCCAGGACCAGAAACAGACAGACUGACGUCACCAAGAGGCUAGGCGAUCGAGUGGUUGACAUUGCUUACUGGAAGAGCGAACUUAACAAAGAACUAAAUUGUCUGGAAAGAGACACUGGUAGUCUUCAGGAGUACAAGCGCACCCUGGAGAAGGCCCUCGCUGACACCGCCAACCCCCUGCACGUGGCCGAGGAGUGUCUCAUGCACAGGGAGAAGAGGCAGGGCAUUGACCUCGUCAAUGAUGAAGUGGAGAGGACACUCGUGAAGGAAGUUGACAUCAUCAGGAGGUGCCAGGCUAAGAUGAAGAAGGUCCUGGAGAAGGCUUACGUCCAGCUCAAGAUGAACCGCGCUGCCCAGCACGCUCUGGAGAUCGACUCCAAGGACAAGCACCACGCCCAGAACCUGGAUGACCGCAUGCAGCAGCUCAGGAACAGCUCUGCCGGCAUCGGCUACUACCCCGGCAUUGAGAGCAUCGACAACACCCUCUCCAUCCCUGUGUCCUGGGCACGCUACACGCAGGAGAACAUCGCCCGUUCCCAGAAGGAGAGGGCAGCUUCCGAGAGACUGCGAGGUGACAUUGACACCUGUCUCCGCGCAUGUGCAAACGAGAUGUGGAACAACUUCAAUUCGGUCAACAACAACUUCAACACGAGGAUCCGCGAGACGACAGAUGCCAGGAAUAAGCUGCAGGCUCACUUGCAGAGGACCAUGCAGGAGAUUUUCGAUAUGGAGAGGAACAUCGAGCUGCUGAGGAAAGCCAUCCAGGACAAGGAGUUGCCAAUGAAGGUGGCUCAGACCCGUCUUGACGAGCGAACCAGGAGGAUCCAUGUGGAGCUCUGUAACGACCCCGUCAUGAAGUCACUACAGCGUGAGGUCAACGAGAUCCGUGAGUCUGUCCGCAUCCUGAAGGAGCGUCUCAAGUCCUCCGAGCUGUCUUUGGCGCGUCUCAUGAAGACCAAGGCCACUCUGGAACACGACAUCUCCGUCAAGGAGAACAGUCUCCGCAUCGAUUCCCAGUGGUGUAUGGGAAUGAGGAAAGGAUUCCCUAUGGAUCCUAAAGUCGGACCCAUAUUCCAGAUGCCGACCUGCUAGGGACAUACACACCAACCUAGGACUUUCAUAAUUGUGCUCAAUUUCUACCCAAGGAAAUUUGAACAAUUUGCAUCUUGUUAUCAUACAGCACUGUUACAUCUGAGGUCAGCGGACCCAUUUGAAGGAUACGCGUGGAAGCGUAUCGUGUUUUUGCAAAAAAUUUGGUACUUGUGAACAUGUCUGUUUUCUCACGCUAUAGUCUUUGUAUUGCCCGACACCUUCUGGUCUCAAGCCUUCAAACAAUAGUCAGCGGAGGUCUGAUGGACUGACUCCUACUGAACCAUGUGAUAACCUGUAUAUACAGACAAUUGCUGUGAUAUAUAAACCCAUAUGUGAGCCCAGUAACCCAUACCAAGUCGGUGUUUUUAUUUGUUGUUCUCGGGCAGAGAGGAAUCUAAUCUAUAAAAUUCAUACUGUUUAAAGUUUCUAAAAUAAUUUGUUACCAGAGUUUAAGCAUGUGUAUUUCUUUGUAGUAACUGCAUCUGUGUUUGUUUGGAAUCAUGUUGAUUUAUCGUAUCCUUAGUGUGCCGUGAGUAGAAUAUUGCCCGAUCAAAAUCAUUUUUAGCUAGAAUAUGGCGCUUUGCCACCAACCCCAGUCACUUGCUCAUACCAUCAUUACAAUCUGUUCAGAAUUUGGUAAAGUGCACCGGAAGAGUUCAGUAUUUUGUCCAUGUCCGUUUACCAACAGGAUUAUGCCUAAAUAAAUCUUGCCAAUUGAAGGUGUACAUGACAAACAUUGUCGCAAUCGACACCAUAUUGUCUUUCACGUACAACCAUCGAAACUGACCGGCAUCAGUGGAACAAAUUGUAAGGCUUGCCGUCUUGCUAUGGACAUCCGGUGACUUCUGCGCAUGACCAGCUGACAUGCGCAGACACAAAUUCUGUCUUUUUCGUCAUUUAACUAUGAAACCGCAUCAGUAUUACAGUUUUCAUACAGUGACUAAAUGUUCCAAGGGCUGGCGUUUCACUGCAUUGUUUAUGUUGAUGUUUACUGUUGUUUUGUUGGUCUAUAUUUGUACAAUAUUAUUGCUUGGAAUCUGGAGGUUUGUUUGUAAAAUAUCCACCCCUGAAAACUCUUGACAUUUGUACAGCUAACGUUUGCACAAUAAAUUUAACUUAUCAGAAAAA